AUGGAAGCGACGGGAAGCGAUUUUCGCCAGACUGCGUUACUUUAUCAGACCGACGGCUGGGAGGGCUAUCAGGACGAUGAAGUCGAGGAGAUCCUCACCCGCCCACGGGUGCCGAAGCCUUGGCAUGUGCCGGAUGAGGAAAUUCAGGCUUUGGUGCGUACGACAGGAGCGCGGGAGGGCGUCCCUCAGACCUUGCUCCAGCACGCACGAGUCCGCCGUCCCCGUGACGAUGGCGAGGCUCUUGCCCAGCUCUUGGAGGAGUAUCGACGAGACGAAGCGCACGAGGGCGAGGAGGAGAUGGCAGAGCCUAGGUGCGAACUCCGGUCUUCCUUGCGGAGACGGUCUUCUCUGGGCCUCGGCAAGAGCAGGUCCGUUCGAUUUGCCGAUGCCGAGACGGAAGAUGCGCUGGAGAGGCUACUUCGAAAUGCCGAGGCCCAGGUUCCCGACACGGGAAGAGUGGAGGAGAAGUCGAAGAAAUCUUGGAAGAUCUCCGACGAGGACUUCCGAACCUUCGUGCUGUCUCUGGCACGGGAGCAGAAAGAGCCUCCGAAGCCCCCAGAGCUUGCAACCUCGGCUUCCGCACCAGUUCUUCGUGGGAGAAUGGGUCCUGCGCGGACCGACCAGAAGAUUAACGUGCUGAUACAUUUCGUAGAUUCCCAGGAUGUCAUGACGCUUCGUGUCUCUCCGGAUCUUCGGAUUGGACCAGCUCAACCGCCAAAAGGAAACCGCUUCACGGAUAUAUACGGCCUUGGCGCAAACACGAAGGGCUUCGCGGAGUUCAAGAAGUUCGACUACCAGCGGCGACAGUGGCUGGGUGGCUUCCGCAAGGAGUGGGUUCCCGCGUGGUCCGAGUCUUUGAAGGGCAUCGUGCACGACCUGACGGGGAUGGAGAUCGCCAGGCAGCGCUUCUUCUGGAGGAAUGUGCCGAUGAACAACGACAACCUUACACUGCGGUCUUGGGGGGUCAAAGACGGGGACGGGCUGCAGUUGCGCUUUCAAGCAAAGAUUUCGCCACAGCAGCUGGAUGUGAUGCGGAAGGCUUGCCAAGCGGUGACAGCAUCCGCUGGUGAUGUGGAGAGGUCAAUCGCUUCAAUGAUGGAUCCUUCCCUGCCUGUGAAGGCUGAGAUGGAGUCGUCGACUUCCUCCGACUUCUUCAAGCCAAACCGCAGGCAAGAAGAGGCCUCGAAGCCUGCGCCGAAGCGAAAGAAGCCCGAGAAGACGCAAGUUAUGCUCAAAGAAGAGGCGACCAGUGCAAACCUCCGAAACAGCAGGCAUCUGAAGCGCUGUUCCUCGAAGGGGGAUGUCUGGAUGAUGCCUCGCUGGAUCUCGCAGCAGACCUCAGGGCACUUCUCCCCCACGGGCAACCCCAAGACGACGGUGCUGAACAGGGAGCCAGAGAAAUUCGCUGAGAAGAGCAUCUUCCUCUCGGAUGCGUUUGGCGCGGAUGUCAGGCGUGUUCGCCAGUCGGUGACCGGGAAUCCGCUGUACACGAAAUCAAACAGUUAA